UCAUUCUCACCAUAAGUUCUGCAUCCAGAUAAUCACGAAAUUCAUCCCAAAUGCAAUCUUCCUGUCUUCCAUCAAAAUCAAUGCCGCUAGACAGCUACUCCCACUGGAAACCCUUUUCUUCAUCAACUUACACCUUCAGUUCAUCAUCGCAACAGUCAAAUUUUCUCUUUCCACGGACAAAAAAAUACAGGCAGCAGAGUCGGAGCUUAUGUAUCGUUAGUGGGUCCGAUUCCGGCGACAGCAACUCUCAAGGGACUGCAUUUUUGCUGAAAUUUGGUGGUUGCUCUUUGAAUUCAGAUGAAGAAGGAGAUAGUUUGGGGGUCAAAGCUGCAUUAUCAAUGCUCAAGUUCUAUAAAAGGGAAAUCUCACCAAUAAUGCCAAAAAGUUGCCGCUAUAUACCAACGUGCAGUGAAUACUCCAUGAUCGCUUACAAGAAAUAUGGAGUUGUUAAAGGGACAGUUUUGACUGCCUGGCGUCUUUGUCGCUGUAACCCACUAGGAGGAUCUGGUUUUGAUCCCCCGAGAUGGUUCGAUGAGGAAAGUCCACCGCAGGAAUAACACUUAAUACUCAUCAAACAGAAAUACAGGUAUCUGGCUUUUGGGAAUGCAAAACUUUGAUAUUGUAAAAAGUAUAUAAGCAUUGGUUAUGGUAUUCUCUAAUGCAGGUCAAAGUAGCAUUCUUCUCUAGCUGAUGUUAAAUAGAAUAUUUAUUGUUUUAUCAAUGCAGUUCACUUCUA